CACGAAGGGACUUUCAUUUUCACUUGACGUGAUUGUGACACCGGAAAAGGAACAAAACUCGGUUUAUUUCCCGCGAACUUUUCCUCGUUACCAUAGCAAUGGAGGGACGCGAGAGUACUUUCAUACUUUUUCAGGCACACGCUCGUGGAUAUCUGAUGAGAAAGGAGAUCAACUGCGCACGUUCAGAGUUUGAGGACAUUGUGAGAGAUAUCGAUGGAGAAGUGAACCACUUAGAGUGGAAGGGGCACAUUAUUGCCAUUCCUCACUUCAAAGACGAUGGCCCAUCUGGUAUCUUCACCAAAAAACAUGCGGAAGAAGCACCAGACAGGGGAAGCCAUCCUCUGGAGCAGCCAGGGGAGAGAGAAGGGGCACAGCUUAUGUCCAAUAGGCUAGAACCAGAGAGAGAUGACCCCUACAGCCAUGGACGGGCAUCCAUCUCCAGGGGCUCCUCCAGGCCUUCUUCUUGUCCACCUGGGGGUGAGGGGGAGACUGAGGGCAGUCAGGGGGAGCAGCUGGAUGGAGGAGGCGUGCUGGAGAGCACAGGGGAUACGACCACUGUCUGGAGCAGUCUGGGUCGAGAUGGUUGUUUUCAGAAAGGUUCCCAGCGGUGGCGUAGUCUGGCCCAGGACGAGCCCCAUACCCCUGAAGCCUUGCAGCUACACAGGAACACUCUGGCCAUGGAGAUGCUAUGGCUUCAACAAGCUAUUGCCAGCCGUAAAAAAUACCUGUCACUGAAAGAUAGUCUGAAUAUUUCCUAAUGGCAGAGGACCAAGGAGAGGCUGUUUCUCUAAACUGGACAUUGAUCUGAAGGACUGAAUCUUUCCUCAUGUUGAUAAAUGAAAUUAUGUUAAGAUACAUAAAUAAUCAUAUACCAAAUAAAUUAAUCUAGCUAUCCCACACUGGGAGGGGUAUAAUUAAAUGUAUAUAUUUUUUUUUUUUUUGGGGGGGGGGGUAUUUAUUCAAGAUGUGUAUGAGUGGCACAGAGUGAAUGUUUGGGGAAAACAUAUUAUGAAUAAUGUUUAUGUUUGUAACUAUCCAUUGAUGGCGUGGUCAAGUAUAUUAUAGCUAUGUUUUUUAAAUAAUAAUAAUACUUGCGUUGUUGCUGUCAGUGCUACAUGUGAUGUUGCUUCACGUCACUGCUAUUGUCUUCAUCGUUCCAUAUAACUAUGGUGAUCUCUAUUCUUUUCAAACAAGUUACGGGAGAGAUUCAAGGGAAUUCCUGCUGCCUUUAGUGUAUCUCAGGUGAUCCUCACAAGCUCGUAUUUCCCAUUGAGACCACAUACUCAAUACAAUCAUUAAAGUGCAGUUAUACAAUUCAACAUACUGUUCUUGUUUGUGUGGAUAUCGACAACACAAAAGCUGCUUUCUUGACAGCCCAUAAAAGGUCAAGCAAGGGAGAAUGUUUGAAAUGGAUGAAUGGAAAAGCUACUUCAAGUCAACUCCCAGAGCCAAACCUACUGUAGAGGUGUUGUCCCUGAGCUUUAUCUACUGUUUCCGUUGUACAUACUACAGAACUAGCAUUAGGCUUCACUUGUGAAUUUGACCAUGUCAAUUCAAUGGGUUUUUUUAUGUUUUUUUGAAGAUGAUGCAUAAGUUUAUGGUUUCUUAUUUAUUCAGCUUACAACACUGUCCCCUUGCUCUCUCUCUCUGUCUAUUGCUCCUGCACUCUCCCUCUUCUUGUAGUUUGUUGCUGCUGAUGGUUUUGCCCACAAAGCCAGUCAUUGCUGGCCCUGCUGCCAUGGCAACAAGGAAAUACAGCCGCCAGAGAUGUGUAUGUGUGUGUGUG